CUCGCAAUAAGCUACGGGCUGUACCCGAAAAUAAUAUGGAUGCUAGAUUAGAGUUGCCUGACUACCAAGUAUGUUUGGUCGGCAUAGUUUUAUCUUGGGAGAAUUCAAAACAGCCGUAGCUUCUCGUGAGCUGAUGGAGGAAGAUUUUAUCAAGCUUGGAGUCAUGGGUAAAAAAGCUGUUGAUAGUCUUUUUAAGGCUGGCUAUCCUCAACCUGUUGUUCUCAUCCAUGGACGCGGAAUGGAGGUGGACAUUUAUACGCUGUCUUUACGCGCAGAGGCUCUCUACCAACUGGAUCGCCUUGGAACAUUUGGUUUAAUAAUAAAUCCAUAUCAAUUUCCGCUGUUGGCAAGCCUUGGACCAUUGAUAUCUGCAAGAAAAUUGAGUAUGAAACUAACUAAUAUCAUUCAUUUAAGAUCCACUUUCGAAGCAGUUAAAACUCGCAAUAGGGUGCAAACAAAUAAAGCAUGGAUGAGAGGAACCUUUGAUGGGAAGCCUGUCAAGCUGCAAUAG